AUGGCCUACGAUGAUAUUUCAUGCAUAUAUCACGCUGCUGCCUCCUGUCAUGCUGCUCGCAUGGUUCAGGACUUCCGCACCGUGCAAAUUGUCAGGCCCUGGCUGCACCCUACCAAAGUGACGGCAGCCAAUCGCAACACCGCCGCCUCGGUAACUGCGCAGAGUGACGGAACUGCCGACGGUGCCCGACGGAUGUCAGCUUCCUUCUUCAGCUCGCCGGGGAUCAUGAGACGCGAUCUCACGCUGUCCCCUGAGUCAUACAGUUCGCACGGAGGCGUGACGGCGACGCCGGGGGAGCUGCAACUCCAUCCACCGCGACAGCGGCAGCAGCUCCACCCGCCACCACUGCCGCCGCCGCCGCGGCAGCAGCAGCACCACGACCGCCACCGCCACGAGUAUCGCCACAAUCCACAGCAUCCAUUCCGGCAGCAGCAGCAGCAGCAACAGCAACAGGAAGGAGAUGCGGAGCCGUCGGAGGAGGCUGUGCCGGGGUUAUGUCCACGCGGGAUGUCUCCUGGAGUGUUCCGGGAGCCGUUGGGGUUGAAGGGGAGUUCUCAUGAACGCGAGGGGGAGCUUGCGGGAGUGAGGGGAAGUGAGGCGGGACGAGAACGGGAGCCUCUGCAAAGGGCCACAUACGGCGACUACAUCACAAACGACACCGGGCCGAGGGCGAGCGGGCUGCGGCCGCUUAUGCCGCGGCACGCCUGGGACCCGGGGCCCCCAGGGCCGCUUCCCUCAGCACCCUCAGAGCCCUCAGAGCCACCUUGGGUGCAGUGCAGCCCAAUGCCAGUGGCGCCAAACGCUGGCGUCCGGCUGUCAGAGGUGCCGGAGGUGCCUGACAGCCCUGCUAGCGGGACCGAAGCUUGCAUCGCCAGCGGCCGCGACAGCGAGCAGCAGCAGCAGCCUCCGGCAAAGUCAAAACAUCAAUUGCUACUGCCACUGCCCGCCGUCGACGCGCUGAACGUUCCCUGUCUGACGGCGGUUUUCAGCACUCUGCCCCGCUUACCGGAAGCCUUCAGCGUCGCAGGCCGGCGGCGGGUACGGCACCUAGUGACGACGUGCCUGUCGACGCGUGUAGUGCUGGCGGCUACUAACGGUGAGUUGGACGCUGCGGGAGCGGCUAUCAUGGCGGCGUCGCUGGCGACGCUGGGGCCGGAUUUAAUGGAUGGCGACCCACGGGUCCGUGUCGCUCGCACUGACCUGCUCGACGCGCUUGCUGCGGCGGCCUUGGCGGCGUGUCGCCUACCCCUGCAGCUCACUGGCUGGAGGCAGGACGGGGCGCAGCACGCCGGCGGUCACAGCGACCUGCAAAAGCGGCGGCGGUAUGGCCACAGCCCGCGGUCGUACAGCUCUCUGCUGCACGCGUUGGCGAAACUUGGCUACCGGCCGGAUGACGUUUGGCUGGAGCGCUACCUCGUGGCGUCUACGCAUUGGCUUCGGAGCUUCCCGCCGCGGGACCUUGCCGCGUUGGCCUGGGCGCUAGCGGUGAUGCAGUAUAGGCCCGGGGAAGUGUGGCUUAGCGAGCUGCUGGCGGCGUGGCCGGCGGGUCGGUACACUGUCGAGGCUCGCAGCGGCGGCGAGGGCGGCGGCGUUGACGGGGCGAGUGUUGGGCGGGCACGGACUGGGCCUGAUGGCAGUGCGGCGCUGCCGCGCCGACGCGCUGACGGGCACUCGCUGUCGCUGCUGCUGUGGGCGUUGUGGCGACUCGGCGUGGCGGCACCUCCCGCCUGGCUGGACGGCGCUGUGGAGGUGUGUGCCGUACCCUCUGUCCCAACGUCGUCGUUUGGAUCCGCCGCCACGCUCCGAAACCAUGUUGGAACCGUGUCGCAGCCGUCGUUCGCCGCGGCCACCUGCCAGAGCCUGGCGCUGGUGUCAUACAGCUUGGCGCGCAUGGGCCACACGCCGUCGGCUCGUGUGCGUACGGCACUGCUGGCGGCUGCGGAGCCGCUGCUACAGCAGGGCAGCACACAGGACCUGGUGCUACUGCUGGUGGGUGUAGCGCACUGGCCGCGCGGCGGUGCCGCCACGGUGGUUUCGGAGCGGUGGCUGCAGCAGCUAUGCCAAGCGCUGCGACCACGGCUGCCUGGCUGUAGCGCGCAAGCGCUCGUGUUAUCGCUGUCGGCGCUGGCGCAUCUGCGGUAUCAUCCUGGUGAAGUGUGGCUUCGCGAGCACGAGGCGUCGUUGCGGCCGUACAUCGCCGGCGGCGGCCUCGACGGCCGCGCGGCGGCGCGGGUGGCGGCGGCAUGGGCGCGGCUGCGGUUCCGGCCGGGGCGCAACAUCGUCGAUCGCCUGCUGAAAAUGCUGGUGACGGCGGCGACGUCUGGUAACUUGCACGGCAGCGGCGGCGUACCGGAGCGGCGGAGAUGGCUCUCAGCGCGGCUAUUCGCAGAUGGCCUGUACGGCAUUGCGGUACUUGUGGCUGCCCGACGAACAGCAACCAACGUUGAGCAUCAGCCGCCUAAACAGCCUCCGCCGGCGGCGCCGCUGCUUGCCGCCAUUCAUGUACGCGCGCUGCUGACGGCAUCGCAGUCUCGCCUGCCGUACAGCUACCUGGAUGAAGCCCUGCUACAUCUGCAUGCCUGGCGGCUUCUGCGGGUGUCGCCGCCGCACCAGUGGCAGGCCAACCUGACGGCUGUAGCGCGUGCUAAGCUGCACGCGACGCCGCCGAAGGUGCUGGUGGACCUGCUACAGCUACUUGCCUGGCCUGGCUGGCGGGGGUUACGACAAAAUGCUCCGCCGCCGCCGCCGCCGCAGUCAUCACAACUCAAUGGCUACUGCCGAGAGCGGCCUGACGAGCCUGACAGCCAUCCCGGACAGUGCGCGGAGUUUGCGGGCGGUUGCAGUAGCAGCGGUGACGGCGGCGGCGGUGACGGCGGGAGCUUCAGUUUGCCCGUCAGCGCGGCGCUCGUAGGGGCCAUCAUGGAGCGACUGACGGCAGCAGCACUGUCGGAGCUUUCUGUACGACAGUUGGCGGAUCUAGCAACCGCAACGGCGGCGUUGCGGGUACGGCCCACGCGUGCCUGGCUCCGGCUCUUCCUUCAGGCUUUACAGACGCAGAUUCGGUACGGCAGUGAAGCUCCAGGCCUAGAUCCAGGAUUCAACCCUAAUCAGGAUCCAAAUGCGGAUCUUGAAGGCUUCGAUUUGUACCCUGAAGGCUUGAUGCACCCCAUGCUCCGCGACGGAGGCGCAGGUGGGGAUUGGGGGGCCCCUGGAGCCAGGGACUUCCCCGAGGGGACUGCGGCGGAUCUGCCGCCGCCGCCGCCGCCGCCGCCGCCAUACCUGAGGGCCCUACGUGCAGCGGCCCACCUCGCGGCCGCUGUUGGGGAUCAAGAGCUACAGCGCCUGGCGGCAGAGCUGUUGAGUACGGCCGGGUACGGGAGCUAUGAGGCAGCCGCGCCGCAGCACAGUACACCGUCGUCCGACAGCGCCGAUGGCGGUGCGGGUGGUGCCGCUGUUGUCGUUGGCUGCGACGGCCGGCGGCCAGCGGCGAAGCUGCUGCGUCAGCGUCGGGUUCUUAUCCGCGGAUGUACGUCAGUGGCUUCGGAGGCACCUCUUACCACGCAGCUAGAUGUGGUUGUGGGCGCCGGUGGCCGGCCGGCGGCGGAUGAUGACCGAGGUGCAGCAGGCCGGGAAGGACCCCCGACGGGGACGGUGGAGGCGACGGCGACGGCGGGUCUCCCAUGGCACCAGGGGGAUCCCCACAUAGGCGAGGUGGAGGAGGAGAUUGGGCCGGAGGCACCUGAGGCGGUGCUUGCAAGGGUUGCGAAGGUGGCUUAG